CACUAGACGAUGGUAGCUAAAGGCUAGAACCGUGUUAGCUCUACCUACUGGCUGAUGGGAGCUGGAGUUUUUGGCAGGGGGAAAGCUGCCCCUCCUAAUCACCCCUCAUGCCCCUCACUCAUCCUUACCUACAGCAGCCUGCAUUGGCACGUGGUUCACCCCCACCAUGAUCUCAGAUCGAACAUCGACUCAUCCAGAAAUUCUACAUUUGGUAUUAACAGCCGAUAAAUUAUAGGACCAUUUACUCAAUCAUUAGAAGUCCUCUGUCACAUUCCCGUCUCAUCCUCCAAAUCACCAUGUCCUCCGAGCAACCAUCAACAGGCGGGCUGACGCCCUCCCAGCUCGCAGACUUCGAGCGCGACGGGUACCUCGUGAUCCCCAACGCCCUGCCACCAACAACCGUAGAAGCGCUCCUAGCCGAGACGCACCAGCUCCUCGACGACUUCUCCCUGUCCGAGCACCCCAUGACGCGGUUCAGCACAGGCGAGAAGUCGGACCACGUAGGCGACGACUACUUCCUGACAUCGGGCGACAAGAUCCGGUUCUUCUUCGAAGAGGACGCCUUUUCUCCCAACGGGGAACUCCUCAAGCCCAAGGCGCGCGCGAUCAACAAGAUCGGGCACUACUUGCACGCGCUCUCGCCCCCCUUCGCAGCCCUGCUGGAUCCCGCGCUGAAUCCGGACCUCCUCGGCGCGGGGACCAGCACGGGGAGCGUGGCGGCCGGCCACAAGGAGUCGCACCCCGCGGCCGUCGCGCGCGCCCUCGGGUUCAGGGACCCGCGCUGUCUGCAGUCCAUGGUCAUCUGCAAGCAGCCCGAGAUUGGCGGCGCCGUGCCCCCGCACCAGGACAGCACCUUCCUGUACACGGACCCGCCGAGCGCCGUGGGCUUCUGGUACGCGCUCGAGGACGCGACCGCCGAGAACGGGUGUCUCAGUUUCCUCCCGGGCAGUCACCGGUGGGCGCCCGUGCGUCAGCGCUUCGCGCGCGCUGCGGACGGGAGGUCCGGGACCGAGUUCAUGGAUAACGCGGGCCCGCAGUUCCCUAUUGGCGAGGAAUAUGGUGAAGAUAAGAAGGAGGGGGAGGGCGCGGACGGGGAAUACGUUAUGGGGGAGGUCAAGGCUGGCUCGCUUAUUCUUAUACAUGGGAAUUUGUUACAUAAGAGCGAGAGGAAUACGAGCCAGAAGGGACGUAUUAUAUAUACGUUCCAUGUUAUCGAGGGAGAAGGGACUACGUAUGAUGCGCGGAACUGGUUACAGCCGCCCGCCGAGGGCUUCACGAAGCUAGUUAGGGCGUGACAUUGUCAGUCUUACUGUAAAAUGGCCUAUGAAUUUCUGUAUUAGUAGGGAGAUACCUAGCAUACAAGCAUCAGAGAACAGGAGGCAUGUACUGAAUUAGCGAUAGGGAGGGGCGAUUCACAUCAAACGACCAGUGUACUCAAUCAUCUGUCGUCUACUUCAUUUUGUGUAUAUCAGUCAGGGGGUGCAGAAAUGUUGAGAUUCUGGGUUGUGAAUGCAG